CAGUGGAAGCUUUUUAAUCUUAGUAUUUCAAACUGUUGAAAUGAGUAUUUCAUUAUUUUAACAGGAUCUAAAGUUCAGAUGAUUUAAUAUUGCAUAGAAUUUAUCUGUGUUUAUUUUUGUAAAUCCUGUUUGAUGCAUGAAGUGACAUAUUCGCGUAGUGUGCCAAAAUAUGGCUUCUCACAACAAUUUUUCCCUCUACAUUUGACCUUGAAAUUUUGCUCCAAUUGGUUGCGAUUUGUGACCUCUCCUCUGAAUUCUUGUCGAGUCGGCCCAUCCAACCUGAGUCCCCUAGCGGAGGAAAAUGGGCCUACAGCGAGAAAAUUGAAAAUAAGGAUGAGCGCCAUGUCUGAUCCUCCGCUUGUGGAAUAGAGCGGACGGCGGAGCGAACAUUUCCCGGGGCCUGCGGUCCCUUCGGGUUUCGGUGCGAAUCAUGGCCGACAGCGCAGGGAUUCAGCAAGGUUCGCCGGCCAUCGGAGCCGCGGGCCUGGUUCCUGCCGCUCCUGGAGCCGGGGGAACGGAGGGCUCCGGCGCCGCUGGAGGAUCCGCACGUAUUGCCGUGAAGAAGGCGCAACUCCGCUCGUCACCACGGCCGAAGAAACUGGAAAAACUCGGAGUCUAUUCAUCAUGCAAAGCUGAGGGAGCUUGUAAGUGUAACGGCUGGAAGAGUCAGAACCCACCUCCGACACCCCCUCAAACUGAUCAGCAGUCCAACACAGUCAACCUGCAGGAGCCCUGUCGGAGCUGCUCUCAUACUUUAGGUGAUCAUGUGACCCAUCUAGAAAAUGUAUCCGAAGAGGAAAUGAACAGACUUCUUGGAAUUGUCCUGGAUGUGGAGUAUCUGUACACAUGUGUUCACAAAGAGGAGGAUGCUGACACUAAACAAGUCUACUUUUCCCUCUUCAAACUAUUAAGGAAAUCCAUUCUACAAAUGGGUAAACCAGUGUUGGAAGCACAAGAGAGUCCUCCAUUUGAAAAACCCAGCAUUGAACAGGGAGUAAACAAUUUUGUCCAGUACAAAUUCAGCCACCUACCAUCAAAGGAACGUCAAACCAUCAUGGAGCUAGCUAAGAUGUUUCUCAAUCAGAUUAACUACUGGCAGUUGGAAACACCCUCUCAGCGACGCCAAAGGGUGCCCAAUGAUGACGCAGCUGGAUACAAAGCCAACUACACCAGAUGGCUUUGCUACUGCAAUGUGCCUCAGUUCUGUGACAGUCUACCCCGGUAUGAGACCACUCAGAUCUUCGGCCGGACACUGUUGCGUUCUGUGUUCACUGUGAUGAGGAAGCAGCUGCUGGAGCAAGCCAGACAGGAAAAGGACAAGCUUCCCCCUGAGAAACGCACACUCAUUCUAACACACUUUCCCAAGUUCUUGUCUAUGCUGGAGGAGGAGGUGUACAGUCAGAGCUCUCCUAUAUGGAGUCAGGACUUCUUAGCAGGAGCUACAGGAGGGCAGAUUCCCAUCCACACAGUGAUCAGUGCUCCCCCAGUAGCCAGGCCAUUGUACUACAGCACCAGUCCAGUGUCAGUGGACCCGUCCACCUGUGGUAAUCUCAGUCCUGCCAGAAAACCUGCCUCUGUAUUGGAGUCAAACCCAGUUGGAGAAAAGCGUAAACCCUCAGAGCCCCUUCACCACGAAGAAAACAAAAGACCCAAGGUGGUAGGUGACAUCCCCAUGGACCUCAUCAAUGAAGUCAUGGCAACCAUCACUGACCCUGCUGCCAUUCCAGAGACCAGCCUGCUGUCGGCUCAUUCUGCACGUGAUGAAGCUGCCCGCCUCGAGGAGAGGAGAGGUGUGAUUGAAUUCCACGUCAUUGGAAACUCCCUUAACCAGAAGCCCAACAAGAGGAUCCUGAUGUGGCUCGUUGGCCUUCAGAACGUGUUCUCUCACCAGCUUCCCCGCAUGCCCAAGGAGUACAUAACACGGCUGGUCUUUGAUCCAAAGCAUAAAACGCUGUCACUCAUCAAGGACGGCCGAGUCAUCGGAGGGAUCUGCUUCCGGAUGUUUCCGUCACAAGGCUUCACAGAGAUUGUCUUUUGUGCGGUCACAUCCAACGAACAGGUCAAGGGUUAUGGAACCCAUUUGAUGAACCACUUAAAGGAAUAUCAUAUAAAGCACGAAAUCCUCAACUUCCUUACUUAUGCAGAUGAGUACGCCAUUGGUUACUUCAAGAAACAGGGUUUCUCAAAGGACAUCAAGGUUCCAAAGUCCAAGUAUGUGGGCUACAUCAAGGACUAUGAGGGAGCCACACUCAUGGGCUGUGAACUCAACCCUAGCAUCCCCUACACAGAGUUCUCUGUUAUCAUCAAGAAGCAGAAAGAGAUCAUCAAGAAGCUGAUAGAAAGGAAGCAGGCUCAGAUCAGAAAAGUCUAUCCAGGGCUGUCCUGUUUUAAGGAUGGAGUCCGACAGAUUCCCAUUGAGAGCAUUCCUGGCAUACGUGAAACUGGCUGGAAGCCUGUGGGCAAAGGGAAGGAACUGAAGGACCCAGACCAACUGUACAGCACCCUAAAAACCAUCCUGCAGCAUGUUAAGAGUCACCAGAACGCCUGGCCUUUCAUGGAGCCUGUGAAGAAAACGGAGGCGCCUGGUUACUACCAAGUCAUUCGCUUCCCCAUGGACCUCAAGACAAUGAGUGAGCGUCUGAAGAGCAAGUACUACACAACACGCAAACUCUUCAUGGCCGACAUGCAGCGCAUCUUCACCAACUGUCGUGAAUACAACCCUCCAGAGAGCGAGUACUACAAGUGUGCCAACUUGCUUGAGAAAUUCUUCUACACCAAGAUUAAAGAAGCAGGCCUCAUCGAGAAGUAGAUAAUAGAGAUUUUCCUUGUGUGGAAAACUCAAGUUAGGGUAUGCAAGAGGCAAGCAAAGAGUAGGACUACUGAUGACGGAGUGGGCAGGGUUUCAGAGACAUAUUUUAUGUUAAAAAUGCAAACUGGUCUCAGAUCAGCACUUUGAUUUGACAGACACUGGCCCAGAUCCCGUAUUAGAUCAGUACCUUAGGUUCACUCUGAAAGAUGGGACAGAAGGAAGCGCCUCCGAGCAGAACAGAGACCGCAAAGUAUUGUUGUAUUUCAUCACAUAUCCCAGAAGCCCCCUAAAAGAAAGGACAGUGGAAUGUGUGAGUAAUACAUAUUAAACAGUGAGAAAAGUUAUUGUGUUAGCCGCUGAAGGCAUCACAGACUGAUGAGUAUCUCUCUGUUUGACUUCAUCUCCUUUGUUUUCACACUGCCUCUUAAGUAUCUGCCUUUUCCUCCCAGUUGACUCAGGGAGAGACAUCACAUGAAGGAACCACAUCUUCAGUGGACUGAGUCUUUAAAAAAAAAAGAAAGUGUUAGCUGUGAGGAAAGUUUCCCCAUCUGUGCUUGUGAGCAUGUACGCCACUGAGGUCAAAGUUAGUCUGUCAUGAGUUCAACCUGCCAAAAGAGGAAUACGUACUUUAAAUUUGUACAGAAUUUAAUGAUUUUAUAGCACUUAUGCCUGUUGUAUAUUUUAAAUGUGUAUACAUAUAUUUUCUCUCUCAGAACUAAAGAUUUUUUUUUCUCUCCAAGCCACAAAAGGCAGUUUGACUAUCCAAAUGCACUUUUAUUUUUCCAAGUAUUGGUUAGCAUAAAUUAGAGGCUCUUUUCUUUAACUUUACAUAUAAAUUACAGUCAGCUAAGGACUAAUUUAAUUAUCUAGAGUUUAUUCUUAUUUAUGUGCUGUAAUUUAGAAGAAUUCUGCUUAAGACAAGGUCUUAAUUUAUUUUUAUUUUUGUCCUGGAGAUUGAUAACUUUAUACUUAGGAGAUAAAUGAAGAUUGUGCAAUAGUAUGUAGUUUUGCUGUUUUGUAAAAAGGUGUUUAUACUUUCUAAACGUUAGGAGGGGGGGGUACUUUUGUAAUAUAUCUGGAAAAUUUAUUUCAUGCUCUUUGUACAAUUGGUUUUAAUGACAUAGAAUUAGCUUAUUUUGUAGACUGAAUAAAACAAACCUGAGGUU